AUGGCUGGAAUGAGGUUCAACUCCACCCCUGCGGUCAUCGCCGCCGCUUGGCUCCUGGCGUCCUACCAGACCGGCGUCCAAUCUCGCCAUCUUCGCUCCCUUGAUAGCGCUUCCUUUGCUACUGAUUCCAACCGGGACUACACCCACCUGGGAUGCUUCGUGGACAACCAGAGCGACCGCGUGUUGGGGCACAAGCUUGUCGAUGAGGAAGUCGACACCGAGUUCUGCUACGACUACUGCUUGGAAAAGAACGCACCCUUUAUGGCUACCCAGUGGGGGAUCGAGUGCUGGUGCGCCACCGAGGUUGACUUGGAGUACGAACGCCACGGAGAGGCCGAAGAGUUGUGCGACUACAAAUGCGGGGGAGACAAUAACGAAAUUUGCGGCGGCUACUACGCCUUCGACUUGUACGAGAUCGAGUCGUUCACCACCAUUGACGGACCGCCGGAAGGCGCCAUGAACGACGACAUUGUGAAGAUCAUCGAAGUCCCUGGCGCCAACCCCGGCGGCGCCGGGUGGGCCGACAGCUACUCGGUCGGAAGCAAGUGCUACAUGUCGACCACGUUCGACCACGGUAUCGGAGAGGAACUUGUGGACACCCCGAUCGGCGAGGUGAAGAUCAGGGACCUCUACGACAUGCUCGAGGCGGGGCCCGGAUCUGUCGGCCGCCCUCUCUAUAAUGACAUCCAGUGCGGAAACGGCCCCGCGAACGAUGCUGCUGACGAGACCGAGUGCCCCGGGUUGGUGAUGGAAGGCCCUGAAGGCUGCGGCCAGAUCGGUCCCAAGUGGGACCUUUCCGAGCUCGUCGAGACGUAG